AUGGAGAGGGAGGAGGGCGACGUCGUCGUCCAGGAGAGGGAGGUGGCACCGCCAUCGCCGCCUAGGGCGGACCGAAGCAGCCGGCCUAGCGCGCCGUCUGCGCAACCAGCUGGAGGCGAGCCGGCCGCGACGACGGACCUCGAGGACAGCAAGGCCGCCCUCCAAGCUGAAUAUGAAGCCAAGGCGGCGAACUGGGCGGACACAAGGCAGUCGCUGAUCAGCGGCUACAACCAGAUUGAAGACUUGAUUGACGAGUACUUCCCUGGCUACUCUACAGCCGCCAAUCAGGCCGUCGAGGCCCGCCGCGAGGCGCAGAGGCAGGCUGGUGUUGUGAUCGCGCCGAACGCUCCAUAUAUAAAUAAAAAGCACGGCGGUGGCGGGGCCGGCAGGGGCGCGCGGUGCUCACAGAGGGCGGCGUCGGGGCGGGCAGGGGCGAGCGGCGGGCGGCGUCGGGGCGGGCAGGGGCGCGCGGCGGGCGGUGUCGGGGCUAGCAGGGGCGCGGAGAGUGGCGGCGACGUCGGGGCAGAGGGCAGUAGCGACGGCGGCGGCAACGGCGAGGUGGAGCAGCCCGACGGCGUCGGCGAUGACGCGGUGGAGCAGCCUGACGGCGUCGGGGCAGGGCUCGGCGGCGACGAUGAGGUGGAGCAGCCUGACGGCGUAGGGGCAGGGAUCGGCGGCAACGGCGACAAGGAGCAGAGUGGGGGCGUCGGGGCAGAGAAGAAGUGA